AUGUGGGACUUGAUAAAUUAUAACGUCAAUGUAAAAAGCGAAAAUGAUGAAAAAAAAAAUGACAAUGAAAAUGUUGAAAAUGCUGAAAAUGUUGAACGUGGUGAAAGUGGUGAAAAUGCAAAACAAAAUGAAAGUUUGAACAUAAACUUAGUUGAGAAUGCAGUUGAUAUAACUAACACAUUGUACGAGCAGGUGCGUAACAACAAUACUGCCUUUUGGAGCAUGCUAGGAUAUGAAGAAAAUCCAAAUCAGAUAGAUCCAAAUAUACAAAAUCAAGAGGAAGAACCAUACACAGAAACUAUACAAGAUGAAGGAGAAAAUAAAAAAGAAAAGGAUCACGAACCGAUUGAUGAUACACAAAAUGAUUCUCUAGAAGAAAUGGAAAGAGUAUUAGAAGAAAAUGCAAAAGCAAAAAUAGAAAAGAAAAAAAAACGUGAAAAAAAAACAGAAAGAUUGUCAAAAAAUAAGUUAGAUAUAAACCAUAUAUUUGAAUCAAAUAACGGAAUUAGCAAGUCUCCCUUCUUUAGUGACAUCAGUUCAUAUGCUGAUUAUUACACAAGUGGGGAAGAAAACAGUGAAAAUAAAGAAAAAAAUAAAAGUGAUGAGGUUGGUGAAAAUAAAGAAAAAAAUAAAAGUGACGAGAUUGGUGAAAGUGGUAAAGAAAACUCAAAUGAAUCAAACAAUUCAGAAAAUGAUGUAACACCUGCUACAGAUUCGGUAUCUAAUGAUUGGUUUUUUUCAAAAAUAAAAGAAAUAAUUGAACCUAAUAUAAACCAAGAAACAAUAAAUCAAUUAUUAAGUAAUAAUUAUAAUAGUUUUAGUGAAGCCAAUACAGGAUUAUAUGGAUUAAUAGAUAAAGUAAUACGCACAAAUAAUAGUAAUAAUAAUAAUUAUGAAAAUAUGAGCAUAAUAAAUAAACAAUCACAUCAUGGAAAUAUUUAUGAUCACUACAAUUCUAUGGAUGUAUCACCAAAUGAUAAUUAUAAUUUUAUUAAUUAUUCUAUAUAUUGUAUUAAUAAAGAACUAUCAGCAAAUGUUGAAAUGGAGGCUAUAAAAAUGAUGAAAAUUUAUGCACACACAUUUAAUAAAUUUAAAAAAGAUAUAAAUUAUAAAGACGAUUUAUAUAAAGACCUACUAAAUGAAGCAGAAGAACAAUCUACUAUUAUUUUGAAAAAUAAUAGAAAAAAAAGAAUUUUAAAAAUUGAUUUUCUUAACCUAGCAAAUAUGAAUAGUGAAAAUUAUAAUAAUAUAAUAGACUCUCAAAAUGUACAGACACCUAAAAUCAAACUUGAAGACAUUUUUAAAAUCAGCGUAAAUUAA